AUGCGGCAGAACCAUUGGACGUUCGAGAUGAUGGCGAUUCGGGCAGUUCUAGAAGGGACGCCGACGAUUUCCAAGCAAGGAGGAAAGAGCGCGGCUUCGGCGAAGGGCGGCGGAGUAACGGUGCAGGCGACGCGGCGCGGACGUGGCGGGAAAACGGUGACGGUGGUGGAGGGGCUGCGAUUGGCUGGCGGCGAUGCUGAGGUGGCAGCUCUGCUGAAGAAGCUUAAAGUGGCCCUCGGGAGUGGCGGCGCCGUGAAAGACGGAUGCCUUGAACUGCAGGGGGACGUGGCAGAGCGAGUGGUGGAGCUGCUGGGAGGCAUGGGCGUGCAGGCCAAGAGGAGUGGGGGAAAGGGGAAGUAG